CACAGGGAAACACAGAGUAACACAAGGGAACACCACGUAACACAGGGUAACAGAGGGGAACACAGGGUAACACAGAGUAGUAACACAGGUACACACAAGGUAACAAUGGGUAAUACACAGUAAGACAGGGGAACACAGGGUAACACAGGGUAAAAUAGGGUAACACAAACGUAACACAGGGUAACAUGGGGUAACACUAGGUAACACAGGGUAACAAAGGGGUAACAUAGGGUAACACAAAGGAACACAGAAGAACACAAGGGAAAAGAGGGUAACACAAGGUAACACUGGGUAACAAAGGGUAACAUGAGGUAACACAGCGUAACAAAGGGUAACACGGGGUAAAACAGGGUAACACAGUGUAACAUGGGGUAACACAGUGUAACAGGGUAACAAAAGGUAACAUGGGGUAAUACAGGGUAACACGGGGUAGUACAGGGGACAACAGGGGUAAAACAGGGUGACACAGGGUAACACAGGCUAACACAGAGUAACACAGGGUCACAAAGGCUAACACAGGGAAACAUAGGGGUAUCACAGGGGAACACAGGGGAACACGGAGUAACAGAGGGUCACACGGGCUAACACAGGGAAACAUAGGGGUAACACAGGGGAACACAGGGUAACACGGAGUAACAGAGGGUCACACGGGCUAACACAGGGAAACAUAGGGGUAACACAGGGGAACACAGGGUAGCACGGAGUAACAGAGGGUCACACGGGCUAACACAGGGAAACAUAGGGGUAACACAUGGGAACACAGGGUAACACGGAGUAACACACGGUCACACGGGCUAACACAGGGAAACAGAGGGGAACAGAGGGGAACACAGGGUAACACGGGGUAACACAGGGUCACACGAGCUAUCACAGGGAAACAUAGGGGUAACACAGGGGAACACAGGGGAACACGGAGUAACAGAGGGUAACAGAAGGUAACACAAGGGAACACAGGGUAACACAAAGUAACACAGAGUAACACAGGGGAACACAGGGGAACACGGAGUAACACAUGGUCACACGGGCUAACACAGGGAAACAUAGGGGUAACACAGGGGAACACAGGGUAACACGGGGUAACACAGGGUAACAAAGGGGAACACAGGGUAACACGGAGUAACAGAGGGUAACAGAAGGUAACACAAGGGAACACAGGGUAAUGCAAAGUAACACAGAGUAACACAAGGGAACACAGGGUAACACAAGGCAAUACAGGGUAACACACGAUAACAGAAGGGAACAAAGGGGACCACAGGGUAACACAGAGGUAACACAGGGAAACAAAGGGUAACACAGGAGUAACACAGACUACCACAGGGUAACAGAGGGAAACAAAGGGUAACAGAGAGUACCACAGGAAAAAACACAGGGUUACACAGAAUAACACAGCAGAACACAUGGUAACACAGGGUAACACAGAGUAAAAAAGGGGUUACAAAGGGCAGGACAGGGUACCACAGAGUAAGACAGGGGAACACAGGGUAACACAGAGAAACACAGAGGAAAAGAGGAAAAAAAGGGUAAAACAGGGUAACACAGGCUAACACAGUAACACGGGGUAACACAUGGUAAUACAGGGUAACCCAGGGUAACACCGAGUAAGAAAGGGUAACACAAGGUAACACAGGGUAACACAGGGGAAGAAAGGGUAAAGCAGGGUAAGACAAGGUAACACAGGGUAACACGGGAUAACACAGAGUAACACAGGGUAACCCAGGGGUAACACAGGGGAACACAAGAUAACAAAGGGUAACACAAGGUAACACAGGGGAACACAGAGUUACACCAGGUAACACAGGGUAACACAGGGUAACACAUAGGUAACACAGGGUAACACAGGGUAACAAAAGCUAACACACGGUAACACGGGGUAACGAAGGGUAAAACAAGGUAACACAGUGUAACAUGGGGUAACACAGGCUAACACAGAGUAACACAGGGUAACACAGAGGAAGAAAGGGUAAAACAGGGUAACAGAGGGUAAGAAGGGUAACACAGGGUAACACGAGGUAACACAGGGAAACACAGGGGAACACAAGGUAACAUAGGGUAACAAGGGUAACACAAGGUAACACAGGGUAACACCGCAUAACACAGGGGAACAAAGGGUUACACAAUAAUAUUUAACGCAGAGUAACACAAGGUAACACGGGGUAACACAGGGGAACACAGGGUAGCACAGAGUAACACAGGGGAACAAAGGGAUACACAAGGUAACACAGAGUAACACAAGGUAACACAGGGGAACACAGAGUACAAGAGGGUAACACAGAGUAACAGAGAGGAAGACAGGGGAAGACAGGGGCUACACAGAGUAACACAGGGGAGCACAGAGCAACAAAUGGUAACACAGGGUGA